CUGGUUCGAGAUUGAUUAAUUUCCUUCUCACCCUUCCUUACUCUCGAUUCGUAUUUUUUCAGAGAGCGUCGCCGUCCAUCUUUAAACUUAACUUCGUCCCCUUGCAGGAUUCCAUUCUUAAACCUUGAGUCUCUUUCUUCUACCCCCCUGACCUUGGACACACGCCGACUUCGCGCCAUCUUCCGCCCCGUUCCGUCGGUUUGGGCUCGGCAUCCUGUGCUUAUUGGCACUUCCGGUCUUUCGUCUCGAUUCUAUUUUUUACUCUUUAACCUUCAAUUUAUCUUUAUUUCUAUUAUUCCGGCCAGUGGGAUUUGACGCCAGGGCGUCAUUACAUCGACGAUGUCUCUUAUCCAGAUGGCGGUGGAUUAUGGGGCUCCGAUCUUCCUCGUCACCUCGCCGGUGACGUCGUACGCGGACCAAAUCCUCAGCAUCCACCGGACUCGGACGUCGGCUGGCUUUUCGCUCGACAUUCCUCUGAUUAUGCUCCUCGCCUCGAUUCUCAAGGUGUACUUCUGGUUCGGCGAUAACUACUCGAUCUCGCUGUUGGUACAAGCGAUCGUCAUGAUUGGAGUCCAGAUGGUGUUGCUCAAGGUCGCGUUGGAUAACCGUCCGUCCCCGGGGGCGAAGGACGGGAUCGAACACACUCCUUUCGCGCAGCUCGACGCUGCGGAUACCAGACCGUACGAGUUUUGGCAGUGGAAGAGUGCGAGGCCAUACUGGAUGUGUCUGGCCUACUUCAUUGGUGCGCUCUCCUUCAUUCAGAUCCUCCUCCCGCCCCUGUCGCAAUCCCAGCUGUACAUCAACUUCCUCGGAUACACCGGUCUCGCCGUCGAAGCCACCCUACCGAUCCCCCAGAUCCUGAAGAACUACCGCUCUCGGUCCUGCGCCGGAUUCCGACUGUCGGUAGUCGUCGCAUGGAUCCUGGGUGAUGUCAUGAAACUGAGCUACUUCUUCUGCAGCUCGGAGGUCAUCCCCUGGGCCUUCCGCUUGUGCGGCAUGUUCCAGUGCGCAUGCGAUUUCUACCUCGGAGUGCAAUUCUGGAUGUACACUCGAUCCUCCGAGGACGCCGGAAUCCCGCGAGGCCAACCCGCCAGCUGGAACGAAGAGAAAGACAUCCGAAUGACCUGAAUGCGACCAUGGCGGCGUUGGAGUUAUGGCUCACGAACCCGGUCACUUCAACCCGGUUCACUCACCCCUUUCACUGCCCUUCUUGCUUCCUGUACAGUAGAAAUUUUGUGUCUAUGAUGAACGGACGGGUCUGCGCGAUCCGUCCCCGUUCAGUAACGACGAUAGAUAUAUAUAUUUAAUUAAUGAAUAUUGUUAC